CGACACAACUUGGAGUUUUGAGGCUCAGUAAACGAGGUCCUUUGCUUGCCCGUAAUUUCUUUCUCUCCAACACUUAUAAUACAUCUUUUGCAGUGCAUAUGCUUAUCAAUGGAUGGGGAAAUAAUAAGGGUAAAAGGGGUGAGUGAGGGAUUUGCCUUUGUAUUAUAGGGGUGGCAUUCAAUAUCUGACGACCCACGUUAGGACACCUUUUUCAGAAUUUUCAGCUGCACUGCUUUGCUUUCUCCACUGCCACAUAUCCCUCUCUCUCUCUCUCUCUCUCUUUGUCACACACACAAACGCGUAGACACACCACUGUUCUUUUCCACCUUCAUUUAUCUUCUAUCAAGCUUUUAGUAUUUAGUUACAAUUGACUAAAUCCUUUCUUCUGCACUAGUCUCUUUCCCCUGCUGAGAGAAGAUGAGCAUAACUCAAGUCUGUGUCUCCUGCCACAAAUAUAGACAAAUUACCUUCAUAUGCCUCAUUCUCUUUGCUAUUGUUUUCACGGCCCAAGGAAGAGCAAUUUCCAGUUUUAUAGAAGUUGCCCAGGAGAAGGACAUGAGAAUCAUGGUGGCAAAACCUCGGAUAGGGUCUAGGCCUCCUAAGUGUGAGAAAAGAUGCAACACUUGUGGGCACUGUGAAGCAGUUCAAGUCCCGGUUGCACCUCAAAUUCAAACCCAUAGAAGGCAUUAUUCAUCAGCAAGAGCAACCAAAGCUGUUACUUAUUCAUCAAGAGAUGAUCAUCUUUCCAAUUACAAACCAAUGAGUUGGAAAUGCAAGUGUGGGGACUACCUUUUCAAUCCAUGACCCAAAGGGGUGACUAACACCCAUAUUUGUUUGGGAAUCAGAAAUUCAAAGAAAUGUAUGAUUUAAAUUAUCUAUACAUAUUCCUCCUGAUCCCUCCCACCUUGUAUAUUGUAGAUAUUUGGCAAUUAUAGUCGACAAUUAUGUCUUCUUCUUACUUAAA